UUUCAACCGGCGUGGGGAGUAGUGUGACUGGUUGCUAAAACGGUUUAAAGAAUAUUAUUCGAGCAUAGAGUUACAUUAUCUAUGGCUCUUCAUCUCACUUUCUUCUGUGCCAAAGCUUUCUUCUUUUGUCAGCCUCCUGAAAAAAAUACAACCAGCAUGGACACUUCACUGACUGGUGCACAGAUCCGUGAGAAGUUCAUCGACUUCUUCCGCCGUCAUGAGCACAAUUACGUCCAUUCCUCGUCCACGAUUCCUCUGGAUGACCCCACUCUGCUGUUUGCCAAUGCUGGCAUGAACCAGUUCAAGCCUAUCUUCUUGAACACCAUCGACCCGUCUCACCCUAUGGCCAGACUUCGACGUGCUGCAAAUACACAGAAGUGCAUUCGUGCAGGUGGCAAACAUAAUGACCUGGAUGAUGUGGGCAAAGAUGUGUACCAUCACACUUUCUUCGAGAUGUUGGGCUCUUGGUCCUUUGGAGACUAUUUCAAACAUCUGGCCUGCAAGAUGGCACUGGUAUUGCUGACACAGGAGUUUGGAAUUCCUAUUGAACGCCUCUACGUCACAUACUUUGGUGGUCAUGAUGACGCAGGCCUAGAGCCUGACCUGGAAUGUAAGCAGAUCUGGCUGGACUUGGGGAUGGAGGAGAGUCGUAUCCUGCCAGGCAGUAUGAAGGAUAAUUUCUGGGAGAUGGGGGACACAGGUCCAUGUGGACCCUGCAGUGAGAUCCACUUUGACCGUAUUGGAGGCAGAGAUGCUGCCCACCUUGUCAACAUGGAUGACCCAAAUGUGCUUGAAAUCUGGAACCUGGUGUUCAUCCAGUUUAACAGGGAGUCAGAGACUUUACUAAAGCCUUUGCCCAAGAAGAGCAUUGACACAGGAAUGGGACUGGAGCGUCUGGUCUCUGUACUGCAAAACAAGAUGUCCAACUAUGACACUGACCUUUUCAUCCCUUAUUUCGAGGCCAUUCAGAAGGGCACAGGUGCCAGGCCAUACACAGGAAAGGUUGGUGCUGAAGACACAGAUGGUAUUGACAUGGCAUACCGUGUCCUGGCUGAUCACGCCCGCACUAUUACUAUUGCCUUGUCUGAUGGCGGCAGACCUGACAACACGGGCAGGGGCUAUGUGCUGAGGAGGAUUCUGCGUCGUGCAGUGCGAUACUCUCAUGAGAAGCUGGGUGCACAGAGGGGCUUCUUUGCCUCCCUAGUGGAUGUUGUUGUUGAAUCACUGGGUGAUGCCUUCCCUGAAUUGAAGAAAGACCCUGAUAUGGUGAAGGACAUCAUUAAUGAGGAAGAAGUACAGUUCCUCAAAACACUUAGCAGGGGACGCCGCAUUUUGGACCGCAAGAUCCAGAGUCUAGGAGACAGCAAGACCAUUCCAGGUGACACAGCCUGGUUGCUUUAUGACACCUAUGGUUUUCCUCUGGACCUCACUGCCCUGAUCGCUGAGGAGAGAGGGAUGGGAGUAGACAUACUGGCCUUUGAGGAGGAGAAGAAAGCUGCUCAGUUGAAGUCUCAGGGCAAAGGCUCUGGGGACGAGGACCACAUCAUGCUGGACAUUUAUGCCAUUGAGGAGCUGAGGAACAAGGGCGUCCCUGCCACUGAUGAUGGCCCCAAGUACCACUACACUUCAGAUGAUAAGGGGAACUAUGAGUUUGAACAUGUGGUGGGCACAGUGUUGGCACUGAGGAGGGAGCGUGCAUUUGUUGAUGAGGUAACCACAGGUCAAGAAUGCGGAGUGCUGCUUGAUCAGACCUCUUUCUACGCCGAGCAGGGUGGACAGAGCUUUGAUGAAGGCUACCUGCUCCGAGACAACGACUCUGCUGAUGAUAGAAUGGAGUUCACAGUGAAGAAUACUCAGGUGCGGGGUGGAUAUGUGCUGCAUAUUGGUACAGUGUACGGUACACUGAAGGUUGGAGACCGCCUAACAUUUCAUGUUGAUGAGGCUCGUCGUAGGCCCAUCAUGAGUAACCAUACCUCCACACACAUCCUUAACUUUGCCUUGCGUUCAGUGCUGGGUGAGGCAGACCAGCGGGGCUCACUGGUUGCUCCUGACCGUCUGCGGUUUGACUUCACAGCUAAAGGAGCUAUGAGCACAGAUGAAGUGCGGCGCACAGAGGAGAUCGCCGGCACUAUGAUUCGUGAUGCCAAGCCAGUUUAUGCUCUGGAUGCUCCCCUUGCUGCAGCUAAAGCCAUCCAGGGUCUGCGGGCAGUGUUUGAUGAGACGUACCCUGAUCCUGUCAGAGUGGUGUCUAUCGGCAUACCUGUUGAGGAGCUGCUGGCUGACCCAAACAGCCCUGCAGGCUCCCUCACCUCCAUCGAGUUCUGUGGUGGAACGCACCUGCAGAACUCGAGUCAUGCUGCACCAUUUGUGAUUGUAUCAGAGGAGGCCAUCGCUAAAGGAAUCAGGAGGAUUGUGGCAGUCACCGGAGCUGAGGCUCAGAAGGCACAGAGGAAAGCUGAUUCCCUCAAGCUGGGCCUAGAUGCCAUGGCAGAGAAAGUGAAAGUUCAGACUGCCCCCAAUAAAGACAUUCAGAAGGAGAUAGCUGAUAUGACAGAGUCCCUAGGCACUGCAGUGAUCUCUCAGUGGCAGAAGGAUGAGAUGAGGGAAUCCCUGAAGGGUCUUAAGAAAGUCAUGGAUGACCUGGACCGUACCAGCAAGGCUGAUGUACAGAAGAGGGUCCUGGAGAAGACAAAGGAGAUCAUCGAUAGCAACCCUAACCAACCUCUGAUCAUCAUGGAGAUGGAGAGUGGCGCAUCUGCAAAGGCUUUAAACGAGUCUCUGAAGUUGCUCAAGACAAAUUCUCCCCAGACUGCUGCUAUGUUGUUUGCUGUGGACAACGAUGCUGGCAAAAUUAUCUGCUUGUGCCAAGUACCCCAGGACGUUGCAAACCGUGGCCUGAAGGCCAGUGAAUGGGUUCAGGAAGUUUGCCCUCUGCUGGACGGAAAAGGAGGUGGCAAAGACAUGUCUGCCCAGGCCACGGGUAGAAACACACAAUGCAUACAGGAGGCUCUGCAGCUGGCCAAUCAGUUUGCCAAACUUAAAUUGGGUGAAAAUUAAGGAAGGAGAGAGAUGUAGGUGGGGUUUAAUCUAGAGAUGAGUGCUUUACCUGCUCCAGCAUUGCCUGUUGAGUUUUCAAACUGGACAUUCCAGGCUGGAAAAUGUGAAAUUUGUAUAGAAAUGUCUCAUUUGUGUAUUAUGGAAAGGAAGGGAAAUUAUUGGCGCCCUCUCUCUGUUCAGUGGGGAAUGCAACUGUGCAACACAUGAGUGUAACUGAUCCAUCAAACCGUCCAGUCUCUCUGCAAGGCACGCAGGGGCUAUGCAUGCUCUUUGAUUGGAAUAUUAAGUUUAGAUCAACAAAGUUAAGUGUUGUGCUGCUAGCUACAAGCUCUCUCAUGGCCAUUGUUGUCUUUCUGAAUAUAUUUUGAGGAAGAAAAUCAUUGUCAUUUUCAUCCUAGUAGAACUUUUUAUCAUAACGAUUGCCAUAAUACUUUUAGCAUUAUGGAGAUCUUUCUGUUAAACGAAAGGGAGGUUGUAAUGUUUUAAGUAAACUAAAGGUUCAAACUAAAUAAAUGCGUACAUUUUCACUAGUUCUUCUAGCUUGUUUUAGGGAAAUCAGGCAUCAAUCACAGGUCACACGAAAUGUAUCACUGGUCAAUGGUAAUAAUAAAUCAUAAUG